AUGGAUCCAGGUGGUGGAAGUCUUGGAUUGCAAACUCAAGAAUCCAAAAUGCCUCACACCAUGAUAAUGCAGGAUUUUGUGGCUGGAAUGGCUGGCACUGCUCACAUUGAUGGAGACCAUAUUGUUGUAUCCGUGCCCGAAGCUGUCCUAGUUUCUGAUGUCGUCACUGAUGAUGGAAUAACUCUCGAUCACGGCUUAGCAGCGGAAGUUGUCCAAGGACCUGACAUCAUCACUGAAACUGACGUUGUAACAGAAGGUGUCAUUGUUCCCGAUUCUGUUUUGGAAGCUGAUGUUGCUAUUGAAGAAGCAUUAGAUACCAGUGAUCAUGUUUUGACUUCUGAUCUAAUCACAGAAACCGUUAGAGUUCCCGAUCAGGUUUUUGUGGCUGACCUUGUCACGGGUCCCGACGGACAUUUGGAGCACGUGGUGCAAGACUCUGUGUCAGGAGCCAACUCGCCUACAAUGGUUUCAGAAGAAGUUCUUGUCACGAACUCAGAUUCUGAAGCAGUCAUUCAAGCAGCUGGUAAUGUUCCUGGCUCCACAAUGACUAUAAAAACAGAAGAUGAUGAUGAUGGCAAGAGUACGUCUGAAGACUACUUAAUGAUAUCUUUGGAUGAUGUUGGAGAAAAAUUGGACCACAUAGGAAGCACUCCCUUGAAAAUUAGUACUGAGGUGACAAAUGAUGAAGUUGCUAAAGAUGACGGCUUUGGUUCAGAAGUUAUCAAAGUGUACAUAUUCAAAGCUGAAGCUGAAGAUGAUGUCGAAAUAGGUGGGACAGAAAUUGUUACAGAGAGCGACUUUCACAAUGGACAUUCUGUAGCUGGAGUAAUUGAACAAGGAGGUGUUGGUAGAAUGCAGCGAGAAAAAAUGGUUUACAUGGCUGUUAAGGACUCUUCUCAGGAAGAUGAAGAUAUUAGAGAUGAAAGAAGACUACCCAGAAGAUACGAAGAUGGUCAAGCGGCAGGAAAUAACUUGGAUACACGAUUAGAAAACAAAAACGGUAAUGCAACACAAUACCUGCAGAUAUGUGAUAGCAUUAGCACUAAUAGAGUGCUAAAACAAAAAACCAAGAAAAGGAGGAGAGGAGAGGCCAGGCAAUGGCAAACAGCUGUUAUAAUAGGUCCUGAUGGACAGCCCUUAACAGUUUACCCUUGUCAUAUUUGUGGGAAAAAAUUUAAAUCCAGAGGAUUCUUGAAAAGGCAUAUGAAGAACCAUCCAGAUCAUAUGAUUAAGAAGAAAUACCAGUGUACAGACUGUGACUUUACGACUAACAAAAAAGUAAGUUUCCACAAUCAUCUGGAAAGCCAUAAACUUAUCAAUAAAGUUGAUAAAACCCACGAGUUUACAGAAUACACGAGAAGAUACAGAGAAGCAAGCCCGUUGAGUUCUAAUAAACUAAUCCUGCGGGACAAGGAGCCUAAGCUGCACAAGUGCAAAUAUUGUGACUACGAAACUGCAGAGCAGGGACUACUCAACAGACACCUGCUGGCAGUUCACAGUAAGAACUUCCCUCACGUGUGCGUGGAGUGCGGGAAAGGGUUCCGUCACCCGUCGGAGCUGAAGAAGCAUAUGAGGACCCACACGGGGGAGAAGCCAUACCAGUGUCAGCACUGUGUCUUCAGGUGUGCUGAUCAGUCCAAUCUGAAAACUCACAUCAAAACCAAACACGGGACCGAUCUGCCCUUUAAGUGUGAGCACUGUCCCCAGGCGUUUGCGGAUGAGAAGGAGCUGCAGCAGCACACAGAGUUGUUUCAAGGGCAUAAGACUCACCAGUGCCCUCACUGUGACCAUAAGAGCACCAAUUCCAGUGACCUGAAGCGACACAUUAUCUCGGUUCACACGAAGGAUUUUCCCCACAAGUGCGAGGUAUGUGAAAAAGGCUUCCAUCGUCCCUCCGAGCUCAAAAAGCAUAGUGAAACCCAUAAAGGUAAAAAGAUCCAUCAGUGUAGACACUGUGACUUCAAAACAUCAGAUCCUUUUGUACUUAGUGGGCAUAUCCUCUCAGUUCACACCAAGGACCUGCCUUUUAAAUGCAAAAGAUGUAAAAGAGGAUUUAGGCAGCAGAAUGAACUUAAGAAGCACAUGAAGACCCACAGUGGAAGAAAAGUUUAUCAGUGCCAGUAUUGUGAAUAUAGCACUACGGAUGCGUCAGGCUUUAAGCGACAUGUAAUAUCAAUACACACGAAAGACUACCCACAUAGGUGUGAGUAUUGCAAAAAGGGAUUCCGUAGACCAUCCGAAAAAAAUCAGCAUAUAAUGCGGCACCACAAAGAGGCCAUAAUGUAAUAUAUGGUCUCAAGAAGGAAGCAAUUUAGAAACUGUGAUAUGCUAAUUGGGG